UUCUGAAAGUGUCUAGCAUUGCUGAAGAAAACAAAAUUGUGGAUCCUGGACCAGAGAAUGGCAAAUACCUAUGUCACUGCAUCUGAUGGGUACUGUCUUGCUGAACCCACACAGUAUUAUGAUAUUUUGCCAGAACAAAUCCAUUAUCAACUGUGUGACGCUGAUUUCCAAGAAGCACCCUAUUGUCAGUAUUCUACUGCUCAGUUUCCUCCAGCUUUACAGCCGCCAUCUUUUCAAAGUCAUUUCAACACAUACGGCUUGGAUCCACAGUACAGUGGUGGUGGUUGGUGUGGACUUGAUGCCCGUGAAUGGAGUCAGUCCACUCGCAUGGUUGUUCACGAUGAGGAAGAUGGAUGCCCUGGGAUACAAAGGUCCAGACCAACUUGUUCUUUACGCUGGAAGGGACAAGAUGAGCUGUGCGUGGUCUGUGGUGAUAAGGCAUCAGGAUAUCACUACAAUGCACUCACCUGUGAAGGCUGCAAAGGUUUUUUCCGACGUAGCAUCACCAAAAAUGCUGUGUACAGUUGCAAGAAUGGUGGCCACUGUGAAAUGGAUAUGUAUAUGCGUAGAAAAUGCCAAGAGUGCAGACUAAAAAAGUGUAAGGCAGUGGGGAUGCUGGCAGAAUGUUUGCUCACAGAGAUCCAGUGUAAGUCAAAGAGACUUCGAAAGAACUUCAAGCGGAAGGUUGCCCUUUAUUCUGACAUCCAAGGGGAAGAUGAAGGCACAGACAGCAAGCUUGUAUCAUCCACCACCAGAUCUGGAAAAGGGGUUCAGGAAAGCAUGGCACUAACUCAAGAGGAACAUCAUCUUAUGAAUACCAUAGUGACUGCUCAUCAAAAAUUCAUGAUUCCUUUAGGGGAAGCGAGUCCACUUCUGCAGGAGUAUUCCAACACUGAACUAAGUUUUCUGAGACUCUCAGAAGCAGCAGUUCUAAAUAUUCAUGGGCUGAUGAAUUUUACCAAGGGACUGCCAGGAUUUGAAAAUUUAACCAGUGAGGAUCAGAAUGCACUACAGAGGGAGUCAAAAACUGAAGUAAUGUUUCUUCAUGUAGCCCAUCUUUACAGUGGGAAAGAAUCAACCUCUGGAGACAUUAUAAGACCACCAAAGCCCUCAGCUCAUUCACUGGAGCUGCAUAAUCAGAGCAGUGACGUUUAUUCUUUGGAAAACUUUUUCAAGGAAGGCCGUUCUUCUGCUACUCUAACUGGUAUUACUGAGGAAUUUGUUGCCUCACUGUCUUACUUCUACAGAAGAAUGAGUGAGCUCCAUAUAACGGAUACGGAAUACGCUCUGCUUACAGCAACAACAGUGCUUUUCUCAGAUCGUCCAUGCCUUAAAAAUAAGCAGCAUGUAGAAAACCUACAAGAACCAGUUCUACAGCUUUUAUUCAAGUAUUCGAAACUGCAUCAUCCAGAGGAACCACAGCAUUUUGCUCGCCUCAUAGGGAGGCUUACUGAACUGAGAACCCUGAGUCAUAGACACUCGGAAAUCCUCAGCACCUGGAAAACGAAGGACCCCAGACUAGUUACGAUACUCUCUGAGAAAUGGAAUUUGAACUCAUUUAACUGAAAAUUUAGAA